UAUGGCGGACACCGUGCGUAGAGAUGUGUAAACAACAGAUGAAUGGUAAGAAAAAUGCUGAAGAAAUAAACAAAACAUAAUUUAAAAACACGGUCUGACUCUAAAAUAAAUCGUUUAAACACAAAAGUAGUAAACAGCGAACUAAUUAGAUUUCUAAAUUUUAAACAUUAAUUGAAGAAUGGUUAGUCAGGAGGAAGACAUCACUGCUUUGCAGAAUUUGUCCAGGACUGCAUCAGUAUAUUUGGACAAAUUGGAUCGCUAUGACAGCCAGGAAUUAUUGUCAUGCAGCAUGGCUCAUUGGAUGCUAUCUAAUGAUGUGUUUAGAAUGCCAACAGAACAGCUUCAAGGCAUCAUUGCUCAAAUGAAUCCUAAAGACAAUACUUGUAUUAUGCUAUUUCCAGUAGAUGAAACAGUGCCACAAUUGUGUUACAGGGAGGUCCAUAACAUUGUACGAGAGCUAACCUUUGGUAUCUAUGUCAUGCAUCAAACACCUGUCAUUUCUCUGGAAGCCAACUUUGAUCAAGCCACACUGUGUCAGAUUCCCCCAGCAUAUUUCAACACGCGUGUUGGCCAAAUUUUGAUUAGUGUGGACUACAUGAUCAAAGCUAUCUGGCAUGGAGCAUACUUUCCUAAAGAAAAACGCUCAAAGUUUGGAGAGAGGUGGCGUACAAAUCUUGAUGUGAACAGUUUGGGAAAGGCUGAAACUAAGAAACCAUUAUUAACAGAGUUUGUUAGUGCAGGACUAAUGGAUCUGACCAAGGAUCCAGACUUUGCCCGUGCUUAUGAUAGCCUGCCAGCAGAACUGCCAGGGGAUACAGAGAUGCUGGAAGAGACAGAAUUUUUCAUGAGUCAUGUUGAGAACAUGAGCAUGAGAAUGGUCUUAACCCAAAAAGAUGUGGAAUUCCAUCAAAACAUGUACAUUAUAGAUGCUGAUUACAAAGUUUCAAGUAUAGUGCGAUUAAUGGACAAUCAGAUUGAUCACACAGGCUAUGAACGGCUAAAAACAAAACUUCAAAUGCAGGAAGAUAUUAUCCAGAAAUACAUAAGUGCCAAGCAAGAAACAAGAAGGCAGCUGGAAUUACUGAAGCUUAUCAGUUACCUUGUUCCUUUCUUGCUAGGCAUGCGCAAGAGGAUGAGAAUCCCUGACUUCAACAGACUCAUGAAUCCUUACUCUAGUGAUGAAUGUAGAACAGAAAGAGAGUUACCUCCCUUAAUGGUUGGCCCUGACUACAAAUGUAAAAAUUUCUUAGCAAACAGCACAUAUUUCCAUCUACAUGGAGGUAUCAACCUUGACCUUGAAACAGAUGAUAUGAAACCUGCCUCUGAAGAGUUUGUCAACGAAUAUCCCAACAUCUUUGAGGCAGCUAUGAAAGAGUUUAACCAACAUUUAAAUCCAGAACAACAAAGAGUCAGAGAUCACUACAACAUACCCAUCAUUAAAGUUGAAGGAAAGCCGUAUUAUGCAUUUGUGAUUGAAUUUGAAACAUUUUAUGGAGCUUCUCCCCAAAAACCUUUGUGGGUUCGUGCUUACUAUGAUGAAAUGGAUAAGUUGAAGCCUAAGAGAUUACCAUUGACAGAUAUACACAUCCAUGAGCAAUUUAAGAAAAAUUUUGGAAACAAAAAAGCUAUAAAAUAUAAGACGCCUGUGGUAGGAAUCAGAGUCUGCGCUCAAAGAGGUCUGAUAGCCAUGUUCAAUACAUUAACCCGCAAAAUAUCUGGGUCCCGCAUUGGCAAGCAAGAUGAACAAGGCUUGUCUCUAUUACAUCAUGCAGCCAUUCACAAUAGACCACAGGUCAUUACCCUUCUGCUCAUGCUGUUAACAGAUGUCAAUGUCAGGAGGAAUAACAUCAUGUCAUCAGGACCCACUGCUCUGCACAUGGCAGCCCGGUGUGGGUCUGUUGAUGCUGUGAGUUGUCUGUUGGCUAACCAUGCAAACCUAAUGGCAUACGACCAAGAUGGCUGGGCACCAAUCCACCAUGCUGCAUUCUUUGAUCACUCCAUCAUUGUCCGGCUGAUGCUGCGCAAAUGUGGAGACUUGCUGGAACUAACGACCACUAACGAACUGCUGUCCACUCCUCUCCUGUUGGCUGCCAGCUCUGGCGCCCUGUCGGUGGUCAAAUGUUUGAUUAAUUCUGGGGCUGACAUCAGCGCGAAAGAUGUUGAGGGAAAUAAUGUGGUGAUACUUGCGGCGCUGAGGUUCCACACAUUUGUCUUGGAAUAUCUCAUUGAAUUAAACCAUCCAGAUGCCCCUGUAUGGACUAUUUUAGUGGAAAUGCUGAAUGACAGUGGUAUGGUAAAGAAAGACAGUGCUGUGAAAUGUCUUGAAGUUCUAUCAACAUCCAAACCUCACCAUUGGAAAUGUAUAUUGGAUGCUGAUGGGAUUCCAGCAUUGGUGCGGCUACUUAACAUUGAGAAUGAUGAGCUCCAGUCUGUGGCUGCCUCUGUCAUCUGCAACACGUCAGAGAAUGAGACAGUUAGACAAGCCUUAUCUGCUGCUAAUGCCUCCCCCAUCUUAAUCAAACUGUUGAGGUCACAUGUUGAUGACAUUCAAUCUAGGGCAGCCAUUAUUUUGGCUGACCUGUCCUGUGUGGACCAGAACCAGACCCUGAUAGCUGAAAAUGGUGGGAUUCCUCCUCUGGUGGAGCUGCUGAGCUCUGAUCUGGAGGAUGUCCUGGUCAAUGCUGUCAAUUGUCUGCGGGUGUUGUGUAUAGGGAAUCGUGCUAAUCAAGAUGCAGUGGCUCACUACGGAGGCUUGCAACCUCUGGUGGAUUUUUUAGAUGUUCCCUCAGAUGACCUGCAAGCAGGAUCAGCAGCUGCUUUGGCUGCAGUCUCAUCAAAGAACACAGAAAACCAAAACGCUAUCAUCAAAGGGGAGGCUCAUAAACCACUGGUAGAACUGAUCAAAAACAGCCGGUCCACGACCGUGCAAGUCAAAGCUGCAAGUGCUCUUGAGGCUUUGGCAAGUCUAAAUCCCUACUGUCAAAAACAGUUUCUACAACUUGAUGCACCCAAAGCUCUAAUACGUCUUUUAAAGAAUGUUUAUGUUGAAGUUCGUGAGCAAGGUGCUUGUGCACUUUGGGCACUAGCAGGCAACACCAAAACCCAACAAAAAUACAUCGCAGAAAGGAUCACCAUAACCCACAUCAUUCAGAUGUUACUGGAGCCCACAGAGAAACUUCUCUAUGUUGGUUGUAUGACAGCAAUAGCGCUAGGCUCAGAAAACAUGGCCAACCAAAACAAGCUGGCUGCUGCUGAUGCCUUCUCCCAGCUAGUAAGGUUACUGCGGUCACCAAAGACAUCCCAGAAGGUCCUUCACAUGGUCAUCAAAGUCUUGGGGAUUUUGUGUGUUGGUGUUGCUUAUCGAAACAACAAAGUUACUCAGAAUAAGAUAGCAGAGGAGGGAGGGAUCCAUGUGCUGGUCAACCUUCUAGCCAAGCCGCCAAAUGAUGAGAUUCAGGUCGAGGUGGCCAUAACACUUGGUUAUGUCAUCCUAAGCAAUAAAGAAAACCAGGAGAAAUUGGCAGAGGAACCCAAUUUCAAGUUUGACACACUUUUAAACCUGCUGAGGGCUAAAGAUGAGGAGAUUCGUUUAAGAGCAGGUAUGGCCUUGACAAAUUUUGCCUUUAACAACACACCACAACAGUUCUCUAUGCGUGAGGCUGGGGGGAUCAAGUUCAAGGUCUUUGAAAAGUUUAUUCAAACCAACGAUGAAUUUUAUCAGUGUUAUGCAUCAUUUCAGGUGGUUGUUUUAGCUCGUGUGAUAACAGACAAGGACCAGGUGAGCCUGACUGCCCAGGGUAUCAUGCUCUUGGUGUCCAAGUUAAAAUCUCCAGAGGAAAAAGUUGUCGUCUUGUCCUGCAGCUUACUGGCAGCCUUGUCCCACACACGAGCUGGUCUCACUGAUGCCAUGAUCACGUGUGGCGCUUUAGAUUUGCUGGUGCAGCAUUUAGAUUCUCCUAAUGACAUAGUGAGAAACGGAGCAGCUGUUGCCUUGGGUUAUCUGACCUUUAAUCAAACUGCGUACCGGCUGCUCUUCUCCUUAUGUCGCAAUGUGCCAGGAUUGUUUGACAAAAUUAUGAAGAACAUUGGUGAAGAACCGAGGAUAAGUGAAAUGUUCAUCAAUGACUUUAAGAGAGCAACAUUGAUUGGUCUGCCAACACAAUGUUUGGAAAUUCACGGAGGACCUCCAGUGCCAACAAGAAAAAACAAACGGCCACAAACUGGUCAAGUGAUGAAACAACCAAGUCCAGAUAGUGAGAGUCGGGCUGUGUCGGCCCCAGCUAGGACCAGAAACAACAGCAACCUAUUGCCCCAAAUCUCUUCUCAGACAAGUGUUGUGAAGGCAAAGGUCAGAAGGUCGUCAAGGUCAUCAAGUAGGUCUCCUAGACAGCCCAGAAGUGGCAGCAAGAACAAAAAUGCCAGCAGUGAACAUGAUCUGCUAACAGAGACUGACAAUGUUUCAGAAAUUUGAGACUUUCUUUUUUACUGAUUUUUGUUUAAUCAUCUCAAAGAAUCAUUCAAAUGAAAAAUUACUUUGGAUGCUUCACAAACUGUGUUUACAAUCUAAUGCCAUUGUUUAAAAGUAUACUACACUCGCCUUAAUACCAGUAUUUAUUUCAGACACCACAAUAUUUAAGUAAAAGACCAUCCUGUAAGAAUUAUUAAAAGCUUUUCUAUCAUUUAUUAAAAUAAAAUGUUUUGACUUUAAACUGUGAUAUUUUACAUGACUUUUACAAUUGCAUGUUUUUUCUUGAUUUAUUAUACUGCCACCAAAUUUGGUGUCUUGCUUUUUAAAAAAAUGCCAUUCAAUCUAUUCCUCUACUACACGAUGUUUAUUUUGAUUAGUAUGUACAUUUAAAUGACUGUUUUAUUUUAAAUUAUUUAAUAGUUUUACAACUAAAUAUACUAAUAGUGUAUAUAAUAACAAAUGAUCAGUGCAUAAAUGAAUUUGCAGCUUACAUAUAUUUACUUAUAGUAAGCUAAAAAGUUUUAGUAUAACUAUUAUUAUUGUAAGGUAUCUAUAUGUAGCUGAAAAUGUUUAAAGUAUACAAGGUUUCAGAAUCUUAGUACUCCAAUUUGAAUUUCAUGCAUUUUUUAAAAAACUAUAGUACUUUAGAAACCAUGAAAAAUCUUUUUCAUUAGUUUUAAAUGUUAACUAAUAAGAUUUGGUUACAUUAUUCCUAUUUAAAAUAUGGUGUCAUGUUUAGUUGGUAUCCAUUUUAAAUCCGUCCAGUCAAUUGAUUUCAUGUCAUUCCACAGUUUGAAAAAAUUGAGAUUGUUAUUCAAAUCUUUAACCAGGGUACAGUUCAUUUAUAAAAUCCUUAAAAAAAUUAUUUACCUGACAUCUGAGAUUAAUCUUAAACUGUUCAUUUACUAUGUCAUAACAAUUAGUUAUUUUAUUUUGUAAAAAAUAUUUAUUUAUUGAUCCAGUUUCUAACUAUUACCAUCUGUCUCAAAGAAAAGCAUCUUUUAGAAAGUCAUAAAGGAGAUUCAAUGGCAUUUGUAGAUAAUUUUUAUAAUGGAAAUGAUGUUAGUUUUUAAAAUGUUAUUUGUUUAGAUUUACUCCUGUGAUAUUGUUUGAAUAUAUUUAUAUCAUUAUCGAACUUUUCUGAUUUUCAUUUUUUUUUAAAUAUUUAUUUACUGUGUCAGUAUUUUAUAUUUAUUUUUCUAUGAGAGUGACAUACAAUGUUAACAAAUUCUAAACCUAUCUAUUUUAUUUCCAACUUGAAAAUGGUGUAUAGAAUCUUUUUGACAAUGUGUGAAUUGCUCUAUUUUAAAAAUGCGCCUUUGAAUUGCUUUACAACCUAAAAAUAA